AUGGGUGUAGGUAUAUCAGUCUUGUUAGGGAUAAAAGCAACAGUACUGUUCCUCAUCUUCGUCUCUCUUCAAAACCUUGACUUCACUUUAUUGUCGUUGCCAUUCUUGUAUGCCUCAUUAGUAUCAUUGCUUGUAUCACUAGCUUCUCUUCCAUCAAUCAAUCUCCCCCUGCUUUUAAGCAAAAACCCAGAUGGGACUUUCCCUAUUUGGUCACUUAUAAUUUUUAGUCCAUACUUAUACUUUGUUAGAUUGUUUUCAUAUCUACGUAGGUUUACUAGUGGCGAGGAGCCCUAUACUGAGAUUUGUGAGGGUGUUUAUGUUGGUGGGUGGCCUUCUUCUGUUGAUAAAUUGCCACCUGGUAAUCCUGCUAUUAUAGAUUGUACUUGUGAGUUUCCAAGAAAAGAGGAGUUUAAAGGGCAUCCUUAUUUGUGUGUUCCAACCUGGGAUACUAGGGCACCUCAGCCUGGAGAGAUUGAAUCUGCUGUCAAGUGGGCUUUGAGGAAAAGAGCUCAGAAUAGGCCUGUUUUCAUUCACUGUGCUUAUGGUCAUGGAAGAAGUGUUGCUGUGACGUCUGCACUGCUGGUGGCUUUAGGCGUGGUGGAAGAUUGGAAAAAGGCUGAGCAGUUCAUAAGAGAGAGACGACCUUGUAUUUCAAUGAACUCCGUCCAUUACAAUGCCUUGGAAGAAUGGUCAAAGCACCGGUUAUCUACUCCUAAGAGAAAUGAAGUAAUGAAUGGAAGUUCUGGAGUACCAUCAAGUGCUUCUGGGCGCCCACGAUCUGAUGGGACGAAAAACAGAAGCGAUUGA